UUUGACCUUUCACCUACAGCUCACGUGCAGACUCUGUUGGGUUUCUUCUAGUAGAUGGAUCCGACGGCAGAAAGUGGAGAAGGGGAGCUAGUAAACCUCUCAUACGGCAGCGAAGAGUUUCAGGUGCCCAAAGAACUGCUGGAAGAUGAGGACCUGUUUCAGACUGUGGUGUCGGAGGAGACGUGGAGAGAGGCGCUGGGAGAGGAGGACAGGGAGAGACUGAGGCAGCUGCUUCCUCCUGGACCUCCACAGCAGCAGCAGGAAGACCUCUCGCGAGUGUUGGGAGGAGAGGAUGUAAGGUUUGGUAACCCUGUCAGCCACACCUUGGACAAGAUUAACAGUGGUGUGUUCUGUCCAGAGCUGCGGGAGGCGUGCGAGGAGUACCGGGAACUUCGCUACCAGCAGUACCAGAACAACCAGAGGAGGUACUACAUGAAACUGCUGCAGGACAUCCUCAUUGCACGUCAGGAGGUGAUGCAGAAGGCGUUGCUGACAGGAUCACUGGACGGCCUCCCUUCACAGGUGAGUGUAGGGAGGAGGAGGAGGAAGAGAUCUCUGUUACUGCGAAGAGCAGACACCAAGUUCAGGAGGAUAAUGAGGGAGUGUCGUGAGGAAUGGGGGGAGGGGGGUGAGGUGAUGUCAUCAGAUGAAGACACACUGACCAAUCAGAUUCCUGACGAGGAGGAGCCCCCUUUCAUCAGUGAAGAAGACUAUCGCAAGAUGCUGCGGGUACAUCGGGAGUCACAAAUGAGGAAGAGAAUGGAGCAGGACCUGGCGGCCAGAGAGAUUGGUCGGUUGAGAGAGAGGAGGCAGGAGAGGCCUGCCCCUGUCAAAACAGAGGUGGUGAGUGGGACUGGAAGUGUGGCAGGGGGAGGAGGGAGGAGAGGUUUGAAGGAUAGAGCAUCUCCGGCUGAUUUCUCCCACCCACCACCGUUAGUGGCAUCAGGAGGAGGGGGAGAGGGGAAGAGAGGGAGGAGGGGGAGGAGGGGGGACAGGGUGGUGGAGAAAGGAGUGGGACCACGCGUCAGUGCAGAGUCCAAGGCUGUGGAGGAGGCAUAUGGACCGGUGGACGACGGCACACGAACAGAACCUCCUCUCUUACCUGUCGUUCUGACGGCUCCCUUGGCAGAGUGCAAGUUCCCGAGUUUCUUCUCUCUUCUAAAACACGCCUUUGACACCCUCCACGACAGGAAGGGAGAGAUCAGCAAGAUUACAAAGAGUGUCAAGAUUGUCAUGAACUCUCCCGAGGUGGAGGGUAGUCCGUGGUUGGAGAGACAGACAGACUGGCUGGACCUGGUCCUCCCGGCCAUCAUGUACCUCUCUGCCGAGGUCGGAGGUGUCUCCUCCUUUGACCCUCUCCCCUUCUUCUACCCCAUCAUUGAGUUCAGGGACAGAAUCGACCACUGGAGAUGGAUGGGUCACGACAGAGACAGUGAACUGGAGUUGCUGGUUCUCUUCAACCACUGGCUGGACACCCUCGACAGAUCUCUGGAAAUAGUGGACUAUUCCGACUACGAACCACCAACUCCUAUCAACAUGUGGGCCAACUUUGUCUUCAGACCCAGCACCUCAGACGAGGUGGCCAGCUUCAGAGAGCAGGAGUCAUUCCGGUACUCCCAGCCGUUCAAGUCUUACAUCUAUAACAUCCAUGGCUUUGAGGCUGCAGUUGGUCCUGUCAAGGGAGCCAAGGCGUACAAGAAGGACACUGGGAGUCGGGCUCGCGGACACGCUCUCCUCAUCCCCGAUCGUCCCAACUGUGUGACUAUCCUCUCACUCGUUCGAGACGCUGCCUCCAGACUGCCCAAUGGAGAGGGAACUAGAGUUGAUCUGUGUGUGGUGGUCAGAGACUCUCAGUUCAUCCAUGAACACGUCUCAGAUGUCCAGUUGAACAAUGCAGUGAGUGGAGCUCUGGACCGACUGCACUAUGAGAAGGAUCCUUGCGUCCGCUACGACAGCACCAGGAAGGUCUGGAUAUACCUCCAUCGCGGCCGCAGCGAGGAGGACUUUGAGAGGAUCCAGUGGGCCUGUGACAUGGCUGCCAAACAGAGGAAGAUGAUAACGACAAGACCAAGAGUCAAACCUAAGAUUCUACUGAGAGAACCAGGAGGAGGAGGGGAGGUGGUGCUGAUGGAGGGUGGGCCGCAGACCGCACCCCCCACCACUGCCCCAUCGGGCAACGGGGCAGGGGGUGUGGGGACAGGAGGGAAGGCGGAGGGAGGGAGAGGAGGAAAGAAGGGGAAGUCAGGUGGCAGAAGUGGCGGGAAGAACGCAGCAAAUCAAUCUGGUGGAGGUUCAGUGGUUGUGGUUAGUGUGUUAGGAGAGAGAGAGGGUGUGUCCCCAGCCAGCAGCACCUCUGUCUCCAAACCCCACAAGACACACUCCAAGAACAAGAAGAAGAAAUCAGUAUCAGUGGUCCCCGUGUUGUCUGCGGUCCCUCCCCCCUCCUCUCUCCAACCUCCACCACUGACAGCUGCUGACCACGACUGGGAGGACUCCAGUGACACUCCUGACCUCCCUUUCCUCUCCUCCCUCCAGCCUGUCGGUCAGUCUUCUUCUCCCCUUCCUGUCCUCCAUUCAGCCUGAUUGUGAUAUCCCUCUCACUCCGCCC